GAAGCACCCUACAGGUAGGAGAGCAUGCAGGAGUCUGCUGAAGCAGGACAGAGGAAACAGACAGCAUUUGGGGUCACUCUACCGUGCAGUGUAAUGGACCAUGUAGCUAUGCAACUCAAUCACAAAGAGCACUGUUCCUGGCUCAACAUUUGACUGCAUUAUGGAGUUUAAUGCAUUGGUGUGUGAUGGCAGACAGUUGUAAGCUUUAGUACUUCUGAGAAGAACAGAAGUUCUCAAGAUGGCUGUUGGAAGUGUAAAGAGGCAUACGAUGGGCUCUUUGAGCAGAUUAGGAGCUUGUUUGGUAUGAGUUGCCAGGUGAUAAGUGCUACAGGUGGAAAUAAGGAGAAUUAUGACGGUUCAAGCAAUCAAAGCCUCAUAACAUCAAAACCAUACUGUGGCCGUGGGUCUCAUUGAAUAUUAUGAAAACUGUUAGUGAUUUCAGCUUGCCAAGCAGGAAUUGAGACAAGAAUGGACAAGUUUUGAGAAACUUGGGUUGCAAGGGUUACUGACAAGGAUUUCAUGAUGGAUGGCACAAUGAUUUCCCUCUUUAGGGAUUAUGAGCAUGGCAGGAGAUACAAAGCUGAGCGGUUGUCACAGGGUGGAAAUGACACAGAGAAUGCUAGCACCAUGCCAACUCUUCUCCCUCGGACUCUGGUGACACACAAGCACCGCAGGGGCAAAUCUUAUCCCCAAGUGGAGAUAUCCCGCCGGCUGCUGUGCACAGCCACCCCACCACCAUCUCUCCAGUCACAAUCCCUGCCAAAGAUAAAUGCCUGUGGCGAUGCUGCCCGGCAACAGCAUCACCAUAGCAACCCUGUGUCCUCAAAAGCCGAGCAAGGUACGGUCAUCCCAUCCAUCAAGUGUUGCACAACUCAGUCCUUGCCCUCACUCUCACACUCAGACUCAAACUUCCAAAGGAAAAAGUUGGGGAAGAAGACACAUAAAGACCCCCAGAGGAGGUCAGCCUUUAAUAUCUUCAAGACGUCACGACAGGAGCGCCAUACCGCUGCUCGCUGCCAGAAUUUCAGCUGGGACUUCAGUCCCCGGACUAGGGAAGUUCCAAAGAACAGCACGGACACCAAGGACAGAUGCCUUCAAGGUCCUGCACAUGUGAAGGGUCCAAGACCGGUGCAUUUGUACAUGAGUGUAGAGAUGAUGGACAAAGUCCUUGAAAAGAGGAAGGGUUUGCGGUCAGACGAGCUGCUGAACGAACUCAUUGGAUUACCUCCGAGCCAAAUUAGAGUUUCUACAAGUCAUGAAAAGAUAAGACAACGAAAAAAAGAAAAAGUAAAACAUAAUACAAUAAACGGAAAUCCAAGUCAAGAGACACAACAUCAAGACGAUGCUGCUAGAGAUCAGAAUCAAGCCAAUUGCAAGAAAGUAACAACUACAUGUACUAACAACCAUAAUAGUGAGAUGCACAACACAACUCGGGAACAGCUACCUGAUGAGAACUGCCACAGCAAUGAGAUGGAGACAGAGACUAAGACUACAUGUGAGGACAAGAUGGAAGAUUGCUAUGGCAACCACAUGGACGGAGAGUUCCAAGAUGAGGACGAAGAGGAGUUGGAAGGACUAGGCAGCAAUGAAGGGAGUGAUGUGUUUGAUGGCUGUGAGGAUGAUACUGAAGACAAUGGAGAUGUGGACGAUGAGGAAGGGGAGGAGGUGAGCCAAGACGAAGACAGUGAAGAGCAAGAGGGGGAUUCUGACGAUGAGGAUGGCUUUGCCGAUGCAGAGGCACAUGACGAUGGUCCAGAAGAUGACGUUAAACAUGAAGAAGAUGGAGAAGACAGUGAUGAUGAUGGUCCAGAGGCUGAGGGACAAGACAAAAAUGAUGGAGGUAGGGAAGGAGAAGAGGAUGACAGUGAGAAGGAAGAUGAGGCAGAGGAGGCAGAUGAAAAUGAUGAGGAAGAGCAAAGAGAGGAUGGGAAAGAUGACGAUGACAAUGAAGAUGAUGACAGGACAGUUGCAGAUACUGAGAUGGAAGAAGUAUUGGAUGAACAGGAAGAUGGCAUGUCUGAUGAUGAUAAUGAUGAUCAGUGAUCAUUCUAUAAAGUUAGAUUUAUAUUUCCAAAUAGGUCACUUGGGAGACAUUUUGUGGUAAAUUUUUCAACAUUAGGGAGACAUCGGUCAUUAG